GAGUAUAAACGAAUAGUAUACAGACGUGGGAAGAAGCCUAAGGAGGGUCUCUUCUAAGUCAAAGAAUGAGUUCCAUAUAUAUAACAGAGCCCCCUACUAAAGGAAAGGUACUAUUAAAGACCACACUGGGUGAUAUUGAUAUUGAACUGUGGUCCAAAGAGACUCCUCUGGCCUGUCGUAACUUCAUACAAUUGUGUUUAGAAGAUUAUUAUAAUGAUACCAUAUUCCACAGAGUCGUUUUUGAGUUUGUAGCUCAAGGUGGUGAUCCCACUGGUACAGGAGAAGGUGGUGAAUCUAUUUAUGGUUCACCAUUUAAAGAUGAGUUUCAUCAGAGACUCAAGUUCAAUAGACGUGGUCUGGUAGGAAUGGCCAAUGGAGGAAAGAAUGAUAAUACCUCACAGUUCUUUAUAACGCUGGGAAGAACUGAUGAACUUAAUAAUAAGAAUACAUUAUUUAGGAAGUUGUUUGUCGUUCCCAAACUGUUUGACUGCUCCCACUACUGUCACUAUUUUAUAGUAACUGCUGGUAGUUCGUCAACAACAGCUGCUACUAGGACCAAUCAUCAGGUAAUUACAUAUUAAUAAAUGAUUCAGUCACUG